ACGUCACUCUUCUGCUCUUUCUAGUAUUCAACAUGGCGUCCGAGGUAGACUAGCUGGACACGGUAGCCAGCUACAACAUGAGCUAACGGGCUGUUGCCAGUUUUACCGUUUGGAAUUACUGUAUACUGUUGAUUAGCUAGCUAGUAUGCAGGAAAGUAACCCGUGUUAAUAAUUUACUCAACCGACAGAUUAGGCGAAAUAAUGGAAACUCGAGGAAUAGAACAGAUGUUUGACUUCCAGCGGUAAGAACAAGAUGUGUUGUUGUCAAGACAAGUAUCUACGUUAGCUAACUAGCAGCUAGCUAAAUUAGCUUAUCAGUCCUCCCAUAACAAAGAUUUCACAUAGUCUUGGCUGCUCAUAAUCGGCUCUGGUUACUAGCUAGCUAGGUCACAGUCUUCUUGCCGUUAAUUUAGCUUGUUACGUAGCAAAUUAGCCCAAAAUAUAUCAAUAUUGACUGUUAUUAACGACGUUAGCCGGUAGCUUGAUUAAUAGCCGUAAGUAACAUUCGUUUGCUCUCUAGUAACCAGCUAAGCAACAUGAUGCAGCUGUUAUUCUUAAUACGUUUAGCCAACUAACGUUAGCUGGUUUAUAAUCUUGCUAAUUUUAUAAUCUGUCCCGUUGGACUCGGAAUUAUUAUUCCUGACCAUGAGCACAGUGUGAUUCACAUUGAACUGAAAAUCUGUGUCUUAAACAGGUUGCCAAACGAUGGACUGGUCCUGUUGCUGGUAUUGCUUUACUCUCCAGUUGGCGUGUGUUUGAUGUUACUACGAAUCUUCGUAGGUGCACAUGUGUUUUUGGUGAGCUGUGCACUCCCAGACAGUGUUGUUAGAAGGUAAGGGUAGUUUUGCAUUAUUGACUAGCUGUUGAAGGUUGACUCAGCAAUAUCACGUCAUCAUACACCAUGGGCUGACUUCCUGCUUAUAAUAAAACUAAAAUCUGGCAAGACUGCAACAAUUGGCUUCUCCCAAUAUGGGUAUGCCUCAACCAAAGAAGAGUGCAAAUUUGGAGGAGCCACUUGUGGGAAGUCUUGGCAGAUUAAGGGGCUGUGUUCAGUAUUGCAAAACAUUUGGAAAAUGAGUUCAUGUAGUAUCUCAACGUUUUCAAAACAUAUUCUCCUGUUUCGUGCUUACUGAAUCUAACUAAAAGCUUUCUUCCUGUUCCAGAUUCAUUGUGAGAGUGAUGUCCUCAGUCCUUGGUAUGCACGUGAGACAGAACAGCCCACGUUUAAGAGACAAAAGCACAAAACUGUACAUUUGCAAUCACGUGACCCAGUUUGACCACAACAUUGUCAAUCUUCUGACCUCUUGCAAUACAGUGAGUAUUUUUGUUGAUGAAGUGAAGCUUUUCAUUGUGUUGCACUUUGAGCUCCUGGGGUUGUGCUUGCCCAACUGAACAAAGAUCUUUGUCUAGAGAUGCAGCUGGGUUGACUCAACCGUAGGCCACCAGCCAGUGUGUAUUUAUUUUGACCAUGUCAUGUGACCUGUCUGCUCCUCUACACAGCCCAUGCUGGAGGACUCUGCGGGCUUCGUGUGUUGGGCCAGAGGCUUCAUGGAGCUGGGUGCCAUAUCGGGUCAGGAUGAGAUGGAGGAGUCCCUCAGGAGAUACUGCUCCUCUCCAGGAACUCUGCCCCUGCUCAUCUUCCCCGAGGAGGACACAACCAAUGGGCGCGCUGGCCUGCUCAAGUUCAGGUGAGCCAUAACACACUGCAUUAUUCCUGUCCUCGAGCGUAUUGGGUUCUGUCUGUCGCUCUCUUUGGUUUUGAAGUUGGUUUCUUCAAACCAAGAGUAUCACUGCCCCACAGAGCUGCAGAUCAGUGCUUUCCAUGGGGUUUAUCCUGUGCAUGAGACAACUGAUUUUUUGUAUUUGAUUAUAUCUGCCCUCUUUGUACAGGGGAGAGUGGGGUAAGUUGAGCCAAAGGGUUAGUUGAGCAACCCUUUGUUUCUAGGAAACAUACACAAAAUUAAUCAUGUGACCAAAUAUUUAGGAAGAGGUCAUCAUUUCAUGGAGUCUGUGAAGGAAGAAACCACAUGGAAAAAGUGGUAAGCAAGCUAGGUCCAAAAAACAGAUUUUCACAAAGUCAAAUGAAUUUGUGUUAUAGGUUUCAUGAUGCUUGUGUUUAAACGAUUGAUGUUAACCGUUAAUUCAAGGUUUCCCGAACUUUGUCCUCUGGACACCAAUGGCUGCACGUUUAGUUUUUUGCCCUAGCACUACACAGCUGAUUAAAAUAAUCAACUAAUCAUCAAGCUUUGAUAAUGUGAAUCAGCUGUGUAUUGUUAGCGCAAAAAACAAAACAUGCACCCCAUUGGAUCCCGAGGAUUGAGUUUGGGAAACGCUGCCGAAAAUACAUUUGACCUGUCAUGCUUAUCGGUCUAUAUGUUAAUUUGCAUUAUUUAGUGGAAUUAAAUAUUUUGGAAGCCCAGUCAUUGCGCAACAAAUAACUUUUCUAAAUGCAAUGUUAACUGUUUUGAUGGUCACGAUUUAAAGAUCAAUUUUUAUUUCUCAAUCUCAACUCGUAAUUAAAGCAAGUCUCCCAUUUGACAUUCGAGUGCAAAGGCUAUAGUAAACGGUAGGCAGACUAUCAGCGCGUCAGCCACCACUUUGCAAUGUGAGCUUGAGGCAGUAUAAUUGUUUAAAACCUGAACGUUUUACUUUACUGUAAAUAAUGAGGUAUGUCUUACCUUGCUUCAAAUUAGCCUAGUGAAAAUCCGUGGAAGCAAUUAUUUAAUAAAGACUUCCUCAUGCCAUUAACCAACAUUUCUCUCCUGUUCUGUUGGUUUUCAUAUCAACUUUCCUUCAUUCGCCAGAAGCCAAAGGAACAAUGCUAGUCAUAUUAGCAACCCAUCCUAGUUGUUGCUAUUAGAUUCCCCUUCUUUCUAAAUUUGUAGCGAAGAUUUUAGUCUCUGUCACAUAUGGAAACGCUCGCAUUAGGUGCGCUCUUAAUGAAAAAUGUUUGUUCCUUGUAUGCAUACAUAAUAUUUUCUGUUGGUCAUGUAAUUUGACUGUUUAGGAUUUUUUUUUGCUGUUAAUUGACCGUUUAAUGAGGGUCGGAUAGUCGGCAGCAAAAUUGACAUAAAUGUGCAUCCCUAAUCUAAACCAAAGUAGAUUGUUUUAAGAUGAAUUUAUUCAUCAGUUGGGGUCUCUACUAGCGCUCAAACUAGCAUUCUGCCUUCUCCCUACAGUUCUCAGCAGGUAGCUUCGCCCACGACUGGCUCAUGUGAACUACAAUCCUGACGCUGUGUUUUAACGUUUAGAAACGUAAAUAAUCAUCGCUUGCGAUACGGCUUUCGAAACAUAUGGCCCUUAUCUUUCAUCAGCGAGGAAGAAUCCUUCAAAAAAAAAAGAUACACUUACUGUAGCAGCUUUCCACAGAUCCAUACAGCUAUGGGUUCCUCCAUCAGACACAACUACACUUCCGCUACACUUCCCGAGUUAUGCUGACACACAGGUGUUCAGAGCAGGCGAGAUAGCUAAUUAGCACAGGUGGUCGCCUCUGUUUUCCAUAAACAAGCCUGUAACAUGGAGAUAUGGCCGUGCGGGAACAUUAACCCUAUAAAGGUGUAUAUCAAUUGAACCUUUUUGUUUUUAGAAAAAAAGUUCUUGCUGAUAUGAAAGAUAAGGUCGUUAUGCUUCCAAAACCGUACUGCAAGCGAUGCGUGUUAAUGUUCAGACCGAGCACCGGGGCUCUUAACAAAACUUCCCGUACAGAAGACGUCUUCGUCUAAUGACUCUUGUGUAAUGUAAUGGAACUGAGAGUCAUUAUCAAGGGCUAGGGUCUCUAUACGCUACAAUAUGAGGUCCUAAACCUAGCAUGAAAAUACAUCCUUGUACCUGUGUGGGCUAAUAUAGUCAAAAUGUUUGCCUUGGGGUAAGUUGAACCUAUGGCUACCAUACCCCAUAAAACGUAUGAUUACAAUUUGUCAGUUAUAUGCAUAAUAUUUUUUGCAAUGUGUCAUGCAUAUGAACUCAAGAUAUUGUAUUUUUAUUGUUACAGAGCAGACAUCAUCAUGUAUACAAAUGUAAAACAAGCAGGAGUCUAGCGCCCCUUGAGGUUCUUGAGAGCAGCCAAGGAAGUGAGAGAAGGGAAGAAGUCCAUUCAAGCAGCAGCAAGGGAUGAACAAAUAGACUGAAUGACACAGAAGAGAUACAUUGUCAAAAAAGAACUAACAUGUACCUGUGUGAAAGAGAGGCUAUGAUAGAGUAGCAGAGGCACACAAGGUCUUAUCUGAUGACAUGGAGUCUGAGCUUGCUAAAAAUAUCAAGAAUCUUGCGGAACAGUUUCAUGGGCUUAGUAACGUCAAAUGCAGAGAUCUUGCCUACGAAUUGGCACAUCGAAGCAACAUCCCUGUCCCAGACAACUGGUCAAGAAAUGGAAGGGUAAGUGAUAUUGAACAGAGAGCUCUAUAUCUGAAUGUAGGCAUACAUUAAAGAUAUACAAUACACCACACCCCCAUUCCAUAAAUUAAACUUUGACCUACCAGUACCACCACCCACUUACCCCAAGGCGGCUCAACAUACCCUGACCCUAUGCUCAGCUUACCCCAUACCCGGGGUAAGUUGUGACGAGAACCUUUUUUGGAUAAGCUAUUUUUUCAAAACUGUUAUGUUUACAUGAAUUCUGAUUUAUUUCCAGGGAUACAACAUCCUGAAAUAUAUGUACAUAUCUUUGUUAGAAAAAAUACUCUUUACUUACCCCACUCUCACCAACACAAAUACAUUUUCUAGUUUUCCCCAGUCACCAAUAGGACAGAUAACUAUUGCUAUUAGCAACUUAAAUGGUUAGUGAUUUAUUAGCAGGUGAUAAGAGGAGAAUCUGUCCUGAGCAGAAUGCCAACACUGCUAUAAGUUGCCCCUGUACUGCCCGUGUAUUACUGGUGCUAAGAGCUACUGAGCAAAUGAACAUGUUUUCUCUCCCUCAGCUCCUGGCCUUUCUCUUUGACUGACUCCAUUCAGCCUGUGGCCUUGCAAGUGAAGAGACCAUUUCUAGCUCUGGUAAUACUAUCAAAACUAAACUGCCUCUUUGUCAUAUUUAACAAUAUACAUUUGGUGAAAGUUUUUGUUUAAAGAGUUGGGCUUUAAAAAGUUGUAGGGUUCGUCCAGUACUUGUAAAAUGGUUUUGCACACCACUGGUAGACCUAAUAUGAUUUUGUGUUGUUGAUUUGUCACUAUCAGUCUGAACAUAUUUCUGUCAGACACAUGCAGAGGAUUUCCUGUAAUGAAAGCACUAAUGUAGUUUGUUCCUCUUUCACCAGAGCACGCCAGACUCCUUUUGGUUGACAGAACUGUUGUGGACCUUUUUCGUCCCGUGUACAGAGUACCAUGUAAGGUACUAAAUAAUUACUGUAUCUUACUACUUCAAUCAAUUUCAAUCAAUUUUAUUUUAUAUAGCCCUUCUUACAUCAGCUAAUAUCUCGAAGUGCUGUACAGAAACCCAGCCUAAAACCCCAAACAGCUAGUAAUGCAGGUGUAGAAGCACGGUGGCUAGGAAAAACUCCCUAGAAAGGCAAAACCUAGGAAGAAACCUAGAGAGGAACCAGGCUAUGAGGGGUGGCCAGUCCUCUUCUGGCUGUGCCGGGUGGAGAUUAUAACAGAACCAUGCCAAGAUGUUCAAAAAUGUUCAUAAGUGACAAGCAUGGUCAAAUAAUAAUCAGGAAUAAAUCUCAGUUGGCUUUUCAUAGCCGAUCAUUAGAGUUUAAAACAGCAGGUCUGGGACAGGUAGGGGUUCCAUAACCGCAGGCAGAACAGUUUAAACUGGAAUAGCAGCAAGGCCAGGCGGACUGGGGAUAGCAAGGAGUCACCACGGCCGGUAGUCCCGACGUAUGGUCCUAGGGCUCAGGUCUCUCAGUUGGCUUUUCAUAGCCGAUCAUUUAGAGUUGAAAACAGCAGGUCUGGGACAGGUAGGGGUUUCGUAGCCGCAGGCAGAACAGUUGAAACUGGAAUAGCAGCAAGGCCAGGCGGACUGGGGGCAGCAGGGUGUCAUCAUGCCCGGUAGUCCUGACGUAUGGUCCUAGGGCUCAGGUUCUCAGAGAGAAAGAGAGAACGAGAGAAUUAGAGAGAGCAUACUUAAAUUCACACAGGACACUGGAUAAGACAGGAGAAGUACUCCAGGUAUAACCAACUAACCCCAGCCCCCCGACACAUAAACUACUGCAGCAUAAAUACUGGAGGCUGAGACAGGAGCGGUCCGGAGACACUGUGGCCCCAUCCGAAGAAACCCCCGGACAGGGCCAAACAGGAAGGAUAUAACCCCACCCACUCCGCCAAAGCACAGCCCCCGCACCACUAGAGGGAUAUCCCCAACCACCAACUUACAAUCCUGAGACAAGGCCGAGUAUAGCCCACAGAGGUCUCCACCACAGCACAAACCAAGGGGGGGGGGGGUCGCCAACCCAGACAGGAAGAUCACGUCAGUAACUCAACCCACUCAAUUGACGUACCCCUCCCAGGGACGGCAUGAAAGAGCACCAGCAGGCCAGUGACUCAGCCCCUGCAACAGGGUUAGAGGCAGAGAACCCCAGUGGAGAGGGGAACCGGCCUGGCAGAGACAGCAAGGGCUGUUCGUUGCUCCAGCCUUUCCGUUCACCUUCACACUCCUGGGCCAGACUACACUCAAUCAUAUGACCUACUGAAGAGAUAAGUCUUCAGUAAAGACUUAAAGGUUGAGACCGAGUCUGCGUCUCUCACAUGGGUAGGCAGACUGUUCCAUAAAAAUGGAGAUCUAUAGGAGAAAGCCCUGCCUCCCGCUGUUUGCUUAGAAAUUCUAGGGACAAUUAGGAGGCCUGCGUCUUGUGACCGUAGCGUACGUAUUGGUAUGUACGGCAGGACCAACUCGGAAAGAUAGGUAGGAGCAAGCCCAUGUAACGCUUUAUAGGUUAACAGUAAAACCUUGAAAUCAGCCCUUGCCUUAACAGGAAGCCAGUGUAGGGAAGCUAGCACUGGAGUAAUAUGAUCAAAUUUCUUGGUUCUAGUCAGGAUUCUAGCAGCCGUAUUUAGCACUAACUGAAGUUUAUUUAGUGCUUUAUCCGGGUAGCCGGAAAAUAGAGCAUUGCAGUAGUCUAAUCUAGAAGUAACAAAUGCAUGGAUUAAUUUUUCUGCAUCAUUUUUGGACAGAAAAUUUCUGAUUUUUGCAAUGUUACGUAGAUGGAAAAAAGCUGUCCUUGAAACAGUCUUGAUAUGUUCGUCAAAAGAGAGAUCAGGGUCAAGAGUAACGCCUAGGUCCUUCACAGUUUUAUUUGAGACGACUUUACAACCAUCAAGAUGAAUUGUCAGAUUUAACAGAAGAUCUCUUUGUUUCUUGGGACCUAGAACAAGCAUCUCUGUUUUGUCCGAGUUUAAAAGUAAAAAGUUUUCAGCCAUCCACUUCCUUAUGUCUGAAACACAGGCUUCUAGCGAGGGCAAUUUUGGGGCUUCACCAUGCUUCAUUGAAAUGUACAGCUGUGUGUCAUCCGCAUAGCAGUGAAAGUUAACAUUAUGUUUUCGAAUAACAUCCCCAAGAGGUAAAAUAUAUAGUGAAAACAAUAGUGGUCCUAAAACGGAACCUUGAGGAACACCGAAAUGUACAGUUGAUUUGUCGGAGGACAGACCAUUCACAGAGACAAACUGAUAUCUUUCCGACAGGUAGGAUCUAAACCAGGCCAGAACUUGUCCGUGUAGACCAAUUUGGGUUUCCAGUCUCUCCAAAAGAAUGUGGUGAUCGAUGGUGUCAAAGGCAGCACUAAGGUCUAGUAGCACGAGGACAGAUGCAGAGCCUCGGUCUGACGCCAUUAAAAGGUCAUUUACCACCUUCACAAGUGCAGUCUCAGUGCUAUGAUGGGGUCUAAAACCAGACUGAAGCAUUUCGUAUACAUUGUUUGUCUUCAGAAAGGCAGUGAGUUGCUGCGCAACAGCUUUUUCUAAAAUUUUUGAGAGGAAUGGAAGAUUCGAUAUUGGCCGAUAGUUUUUUAUAUUUUCCGGGUCAAGGUUUGGCUUUUUCAAGAGAGGCUUUAUCACUGCCACUUUUAGUGAGUUUGGUACACAUCCGGUGGAUAGAGAGCUUGUCAUUGUCAGGCACAUCCGGUGGAUAGAGAGCUUGUCAUUGUCAGGGCUCUGGUUUAACCUUGUAAUAGGAUAGAAUUGAUAACUGACAACUUUUGUUUGUCCUUAAAGUCCACUCCAUUACUCAUUGGAAAAUUCCCCUAGAAUAAGCAAUGGUUUGUGCUAGAUAUGUGACUCUCUUGCCAUUUCAGAGUUAAUGUUUUGUCAGGAUCAGCAGUACAGUGCCUAGUGAAAGUCUACACACUUCACAUUUUGCUGUCUUAAAAUUAAAUCUUAAGGUACAUUACAUUACAUUGGAUUUAUUUCCUACAGAUCUAAACAACCUACUCCACAUUUUCAAAGUUAAAUAAAAUAUAACAUUUUCCAAAUUAAUAAUAAAAAAAGAUUGGUUAGGUCUUCACACCCCAGAGUUAAUACUAGGUGGAAGCACCUUUGGCAGCCAUUACAGCUGUGAAUCAUUUUCAAUAAGAUUCUACCAACUUUGCACAACCCUUAGGGCAACAUACAGUGCCUUCAGAAAGUAUUCACAGCUCUUGACUUUUUUUUCCACCUUUUGUUGUGUUUUUGAAUGACUACCUCAUCUCUGUACCCCACACAUACAAUUAUCUGUAAGGUCCCUCAGACAAGCAGUGAAUUUCAAACACAGAUUCAACCACAAAGACCAGGGAGGUUUUCCAAUGCCUCGCAAAGAAAGGCACCUAUUGGUAGAUGGGUAAAAAAAAAAAGCACACAUUGAAUAUCCCUUUGAGCAUGGGGAAGUUAUUAAUUACACUUUGGAUGGUGUAUCAAUACACUCAGUCACUACAAAGAAACAGGUGUCCUUCCUAACUCAGUUGCCGGAAAGGAAGGAAACCCCUCAGGGAGGCCGAUGGUGACUUUAAAACAGUUACACAGUUUAAUGGCUUUGAUAGGAGAACUGAGGAUGCAUCAACAACAUUGUAGUUACUCCACAAUACUAACCUAAUUGACAGAGUGAAAAGAAGGAAGCCUGUACAGAAUAAAAAUAUUCCAAAACAUGCAUCCUGUUUGCAACAAGGCACUAAAGUAAUAUUGGGGGAAAAUGUGGCAAAGCAAUUAACUUUUUUUCCCGAAUUCAAAGUGUUAUGUUUGGGGCAAAUCCAAUAAAGUAUUACUGAGUACCACUCUCCAUAUUUAAGCAGAGUGGUAGAUGCAUCAGAUUAUUGGUAUGCUUGUAAUCGUUAAGGACUGGGGAGUUUUUCCAGGAUAAAAAAGAAACGGAAUGGAGCUAAGCACAGGCAAAAUCCUAAACGAAAACCUACUUCAGUCUGCUUUCCACCAGACACUGGGAGAUGAAUUCACCUUUCAGCAGGACAAUAACCUAAAACACAAGGCCAAAUCUACACUGGAGUUGCUUACCAAGAAGACGGUGACUGUUCCUGAGUGGCCGAGUUACAGUUUUGACUUAAAUCUACUUGAGAAGCUAUGGCAUGACCUGACAAUGGUUGUCUAGCGAUGAUCAAUAACCAAUUUGACAGAGCGUGAAGAAUUUAAAAAUUAAUAACGUGCAAAUAUUAUACAAUCCAGGUGUGCAAACCUCGUAGACUUACCCAGAAAGACUCUCAGCUGUUAUCGCUGCCAAAGGUGAUUCUAACAUGUAUUGACUCAGAGGUGUGAAUACCUAUGUAGAGAUAUUUCUGUAUUUAAUUUUCAAUAAAUUUGCAAACAUUUCUAAAAAUAUAUGUUUUCACUGUCAUUAUGGGGUAUUGUGUGUAGAUGGUUGAAAAAUUAAAUGUAUCCAUUUUGAAUUCAGGCUGUAACACAACAAAAUGUGGAAUAAGUCAAGGGGUAUGAAUACUUUAGUCAAAAUGCCUCAAGCUCAGUUUGGUUGGGAAUCAUUGAUAGACAGCAAUUUUCAAACCUCUGAUUUGCAAGCACAUUUAAGUCCGGACUGAGACUAGACCACUCAGGAACACUCAACACCUCUUGGGAACCCAUUCUGGUGUGUCUUUGGUGUUAACAUUUGUGUAAUUGUCCCACUGAAAAAUAAAACUCUGCUUUGCUCCUGGGUAUGCUCCUUUAAUAUUUAUUUUGAUCCUGACAAACUCCCCAGUCCCUAAAUGUAUUUCCCGUGUUAUCUUGCAGUAUUACUUAACGGCCGUGUUGCAAACAGAAUGGAUGAUUUGGAGUGGAUUUUUUUAACAGGCCAGUAAUGUGGCGUGAAUGCAAUCUUCUGUAUUUUAAAGUAUUGGCAGCAUCAUGUUAUGGGUAUGCUUGUCACUGGCAGGGACUGGGGAGUUUGUCAGGAUCAAAAUAAAUAUGAAAGGAGCAAAGUCCAAAUAAAAAGUUAAAGGAAACCCUGCCAUAGUCUUCUGAAAACUAAACCCUGGGAUAGACCAAUAUGUGUUCAGUGUUCCUGGAUGGUCCAGUCUCAGUCCUGACUUAAAUCUGCUUGAAAGUUAAAAUUAUUCACAGCUGUAAUGGCUGCCAAAGGUGCUUUCACCAAGUAUUAACUCUGGGGCGGGUGAAGAUGAACGCAAUCAAUACAUUUAAUUUUUUUAUCAAUUAGGAACAUUUUCUAUAAUUUUUCUUUCACUUUGAAAAUGUGGGUUGUGUAGAUCGAUAGGAAACAUUUUUACAUUUUAGUCAUUUAGCAGACGCUCUUAUCCAGAGCGACUUACAGUUAGUGAGUGCAUACAUUUUUCAUACUGGCCCCCUGUGGGAAUUGAACCCACAACCCUGGUGUUUCAAGCGCCAUGCUCUACCAACUGAGCUACAGGAGGCCUGAAAGAAAUCCAAUUGAAUCCCUUUUUUAUUUCAUUUUAAGGCAGCAAAAUGUGAAGACUAUGCAAGCGGUGUGUAGACUUUCACUAGCGACUGUGUGUUAUAGUCAUAACUUUUCAACCAGCUUGAUUAGAGGCAGAAGUUUACAUAAAGGGGCAAGUUUAAGUUUACUAUUACUGCUCACAAAGCUUGUAGAGACCCUGUUUCGUUUGACUUUCACAGAUGGCUCCCCCCUGUGUCAAGACAAGAUGAAGAGUCCCUUCAAGAUUUUGCUAACAAAAUCCAAGAGGUAUAAAACCUUUGGUCUCAUUCUAAUUUUUACACACUUGUUCUGCAACGCCUUCUGUUCCCUACUGCACACAUUGUAUCAAACAAAACCAGUACCGGUAUGCAUCUUAUAGUGCAUAUUGCAAGUUAUCACAUUGACUGCCCUAAAGCACCCAAUUCCAGGAUCUGAGCUUGUGAUAUUAGAAAAUUCACAGUGAUAUGGAACACUAAAGCAAGUGGUUAUUCUAUUGUCCUCUGAUUGGUCUUUGUGCUGUCCAUUUUCAGCUCCUAGCCACUGAGCUCGGCGUGGUCUCGACACAGAUUACCAAAGCAGACAAAGCCGAGCAUGUGAAAAGGAAACGGCACAUUGCACCGCGCACCACAACCUCAAGUAAGAGAGCCCUGAAGAAACCUUCCCUGACAAAGCCACUCCUACAGCAUGGUCUUGGUGCAAGUUAUGCUCACUUGGAGGGUGGUUGGGACCAUCAGUAAUGGUUUGUAUUUACUACUGUCUGUAUCCAGAUCUGGGUGCCAGACCACGUUCUCUGGGCUUCGUGGUCCGCAGCUCUGGGGUGGAGGAGCUAAGGAUCAGCAGGAUGGCCCAGCAGGUGAAGGAGGUUCUGCCUGACAUCCCCCUCAGCAUCAUCACCAGAGACCUUGGUACGCCAACCCUUAAUUUUCGCUUUGCGUUUCCAGUGCAGUGACAGAAUUUGGAAUGGUGACGAGCAGUGCACCAAUUCAAGUCCUAUAUUCGCAUGUGCAUUUCAUUGAAAUAGAGUGGUAACACUUGACUUGACACUGGGAUGAAUACAGGAGCAGAUUUCAGGAGCGAGACACCCUCUUUUUGACUGAUGACUGAUAUAAGGGCAUGUACGUGAUAGGACUAUCUGGCUUAUAUGAUUAUGAUGGUCAUAAUGCUUAUUGACAGUGUCAUAAAGUGUAUUUUCUACAAGUUAUUUAAAAUCUGAUGAAAAAACAUGACUGUAAAGAGCUAAUUACAACAAAGGAUUUAAGGAACAAACUUUCAAACGAAAGGAAACUUCUUGGCAGGGAAAAAACUAAUUUGACAAAAUGUGGGUUUAAACACUCUUAUGUAGGUGUCAUAACCAGCCAUAAAAUAGUGCAAUAUAUGUCACAACAGGUGUAAAUAUAUGGGUCAUGAAAGUGUUAUAACCAUAUUAUGACAUGGUUAUGACCGUGGGUGUCAAGUCAAGUGUUACCAAUGGAGUUUGCAUAGGCAGAGAAAAAGGCACAGUAGCAUGCAGCGUUUCCCAAACCUUUUCCCUUACCCUUUUUGCAGUGCAAACCAACUGCGUGGACACCACUAUCACUAACCUGCUGGAGAGCACUGAGGAGUUCCCAUUGGUGGCCACAGGCGAAGCCACGUCUGCACCAGGCCCAUCCUGGAGGUCCCUCUCCUUUUCUGCUGCACCCGCUCCCACCAUUAAGGUUUGCCAAUCAUCUAAAUGAUGUCUGUAGUCUACACUGAGUGUACAAAACAUUAGGAACACCUGCUCUUUCCAUGACAUAGACUGACCAGGUGAAUCCAGGUGCAAGCUAUGAUCCCUUAUUGAUGUUAACUGUUAAAUCCACUUCAAUCUGUGUAGAUGAAGGGGAGGAGACGGGUUAAAGAAGGAUUUUUAAGCCUCGACAAUUGAGACAUGGAUUGUGUAUGUGUGCCAUUCAGAGGGUGAAUGGGCAAGACAAAAGAUUUAAGUGCAUUUGAAUGGGGUAUGGUAGAAGGUCCCAGGCGCACCGGUUUGAGUGUGUCAAGAACUGCAACGCUGCUGGGUUUUUCACGCUCAACAGUUUCCCGUGUGUAUCAAGAAUGGUCCACCACCCAAAGGACAUCCAGCCAACUUGACACAACUGUGGGAAGCAUUGGAGUCAACAUGGGCCAGCAUCCCUGUGGAAUGCUUUCAACACCUUGUAGAGUCCAUGCCAUGAUGAAUUGAGGCUGUUCGGAGGGCAAAAGGGGGUGCAACUCAAUAUUAGGAAGGUGUUCCUAAUGUUUUUGUACACUCAGUGUAUAUUACCUUGCUCGCGAAGUAAUUGAGGUACCAUCUUGCUACGCUAUUAUAUUUAUCAGGAGCUUGCUGUAUAGUCAGAUUUUGUUCAUUUUGACCCAUAGCCUGCUGCCAAAUCUUUUGGGAAAUCACCAGUAGACCGACGCAUGUCCCUACAAGAGAGGAAGGAGGCCUUGUAUGAGUUCGCAAGAAGGUGAGAUCAAACGCUGCAAUUCAGUCUUGGAUUGAUUUUAAUUUCAACCACCCAUAGAAUUGACACAUUUGACCCUACAUUUUACACUCAGUCGUUGUUGUCCACCUGUCAUCUGUUAGUUGUUCACGCCUUCCUUUCCUCUAGACGCUACAUCGAGAAGCAUGGACUGGAGCAGGAUGACAACCACUGAACAAGAUCUGAUCGCUGGGAAACGUGUUAGGAAUGACAGGCGUUAAAAUCAAAUAAUUGUACAGGAGUGUAUGGAGAGGAGAACAGAGGAUAGUUUUGUUGAGCCGCACGUACUGGAGGAAAACCUUCUGAAGACUUCAAUGGAUUUUUUUAUUUGCUUGCAUGGCAAUCAUGCAUGUCUUUUUUGGUUUCUCCCUGCAAAAAUAUUAUUUUGAUAAGAAUUUGUAUUAAGACCCAGUGACCAUGAUGGCAGAGGGGAUGAUGAAACAAAGGCCAUCUUUCUCUGCUUUCAGAGAAGGCACAUCAGCUCUUAGGUUAAUUAGGAUUCGACAGUAUGUGUUUCUGCAGUAUGAACUUUUUAAAGUGAAUAAAGUUCAUAAUUUAUAAAUGCAAGAGA